AUGACCCGCGCGCUGUACCACAGGGCCAAAAAGGCCAUCGUACGGCGCCGCCUGCGGGAGCGUGCUGCCAAAAAGCGUGAGCGUGAGGCGUCACUGGGAGCCCGAGCCGAUGACCAUGGAGCGCAGCCCUCGCCCUCUCAGCGCCCACGGUACGGCGAGGGCAAUACAGCCGAUGACGACGUCGCAGAAUUUGACGAUUUCCACCUCACUGACAUCGCUGGCGCUGAUGACGAGUGGAUUGACGAGCUGGGUGGCGACCUCUGGGAGCCGUACACUGCCGCAAUUAACUUUGACGAGAAUGACAUUGCCUAUACCCUCAUCGAGGUUCUGAACGAUGAAGAGCACGUCGUGUACCCCGACCCCGAGACCGGACAAUACCAGCUCGUCGACAACGCGCCUCUUCAAGAAGAGCUUGCAGCCCUUGCCGAAUACCAAUACAUUGCUGACACGGUCGAGAACCAUGACGAUGAAGCCGAGGGUGUUGCGGCAGUUGAUGAACAGGAGGAGGAGGAAGUUGUCGCCGAUGCCAUCAUCGUGGCCACGCCCUGGGCAGAAUAUCAUGCGUACGGUCGCGAACCUAGCGACCCGUUCGAAGGCUCUGAGUCUGUUCCGCAGCCACGCAAGCCACACAAGCUGUCGGAUCUCGUGCUCGGCUGGGGCCUGUACUGUAUCGUCCACGGCGUUUCCCGCAAGCAGUACGCAGCCCAGUUGCAGCUGUUGAAGAUGCUUGGCCCAGUCGAGAAGGUCAGACAGCUGCCUGAGAGUCUCGACACGCUGAAGCGCCACGUUCGAGAAUCUUUGCCGCACAUCGACAUGCGUACCGCCAAAGCCCUGCCCCUCAACCCAAAGAAGUUAUCGUCCUCACGCAUAGUCACUGCCAUUAUGGCUGGCGAGAACCCAAUGCAGGACCUCUUCUUCCUGAACCCAGUAGACUUCCUUGCUCGCAUCCAGGGGUCGCAGCUUGCAGGCAAUAUGCACUACGGUAUGGCUGAGCUUGUUGACCAACCCACAGAGCUCUGGCACUCCAUGCAGUGGGCGGGCUCAGUGCGUACCACCAGUGGCGAGUUCGCAUACUACCCGCCACUGCCGUCGAAGGAACCCAUCUUCCCUGGCGACAUCGUCGACUUUGAGUGCACCUUCUUCAGCUGCAAGCACUGUCAUAGCGGCCAAGGCAAAUUCCACAUUGGCCAGGUGAUAGCAGUGUACCGAGAUCGCCGUCAACACUCUCGAUCCCUUGGCGUUGUUGGUGCCAACCCAGAUGCGGAGCUAAGCGACAGUGUUGACCAGGCUGAGGAGGGAGGUGUUGUCCUUCUUGUUGCUCGGGUUCUUCGAGGCCGCAUUAUCUCGAAGAUCAUCAAGGAAAGGAGUGUUGUCAUCAAGACUAACCUAACGAAGGACGAGGUCUCUCGCCGCCGUGAUGAUAUCGGCUUCGACUACGCGUACGGUAGCGCUGUGUCGUUUCCGGACGACCCGAGGGCGCGUCUCGGCCUCCCGCUCAUCCGCCGUGUCUUCCUCCAGGACCAAGGAGCGUUGAUGCCGCCUUGCCUCGUCCCCCCUGCCCCUGGUGUGUUGGAGGUUACCGAGUUUAGCCGCGACACGCUUAUCGAGAAGUUCGUCCUCAGUCAAUACCUGCAUCAAAUCGCUGCUAUGCCGAGGCGGGAGCACACGCGCCAGAUCAAUGUGCUGCCAGUCACCCUGGGUCCGCAUGGCGCUAACCUCGAGGAUGUUAUGAAGGCGCUGAUUCCACUCAAAGCCCUCGACCGCGGUACUGUUGUUGAUGUCAACGGGGUACAAACACUCCUCUGCGCACCCAUUAUCGCCUUCACCGGCGAUAUGCCACAACAACAAGACAACUCUGGCUGCCUUGGUGUUGCUGCCAACUUCGGAUGCCGGGGUUGCAAAGUCCCUGCCGACAAGCGUGGGGACCUCGACUUCGACGUCUUGGACCAGACACGCGCCCAUAUGGAGAUGCUUCGGCUUCGCCGUGCGAUGGACGACAUGCAGCAGAAGUACCGCAAGCAGGCCUUUUCGACCCAGCACGGCCUAUCGAUCGACGCUCCUGCUGUUCAGCAUAUCGCUCCAGCACUGGACCUCAUCAGCGGCCGACCCAGUGAUACAGCGCAUUCGGAGUUCAACGGCAUCACUAAGAUGACCCAUCAGGUCCUCCUCGACGCUGCGCUGAAACCCGAGUCUGUUGUCGAGUACUCCAAGGUCCUGCGGCGGAUGCCCUUCCCCCCUAGUUGGGCGCGGAUCCAGUCGCCAUACAACGUACUCAAGUACAGCCUCCAGGAGCACGCCCGUUGGUCGAAAGGCCGCAACGUCGUCGAGAUUCUCACAAUUCCGCGCUGGCGGCCAUUGUCAAGACCAACUCGAUCCUAUCGUCGGCCGAGCCCGGGAACGGGGCAGGCAGCCCGAGGCAUGUUGCAGGAAUACUUUGAGACUAUCUUUGUCAGCCGACGCUUGUUCCAGUUGAUGUGUGAGGCUGCAUCGCGCUCUACUAACACUGCGACUGGUGCGGCGGCAGCUCGUCGCCGCGGUGCCACCGCCGGCACUACAUCUGUUGUAGGAUCCCGCGCCACCUCUCGCGCCGUCUCGCCUGCAGGCUCCGAAGCACAGGUCGCCAUCGUACCGGUCGAGGUUGUCGAGGAGGACGAGGAAGCUGUUGACGAUGCUAUCAACAUUGGCCAGCUUACCGUCGCCCAGAAGGCGACCAAGUACCGACAGUGGGCGCAGCGCCCCAAUGUGCACGUCGGCCUGCACUACAUCGAUGUAUUCCGCCGGUAUGGGUUGGCGUCGUUGUUGAUGGUUCUUCCUGGAGAGUUGAAACACAAGCUGUGGAAGAACAUUGUGACCACGACGAACCAUCGCAACCCUGAGAAGGACUGCCUGACAUACGAAAAUAUGCUGCAGUCUGUGCGCUUGACACUGCUUGACGGUUUCUCACACGACGAGCCGGACAUCACUGCCAAGCUGAAGGGUCUUGCAUCUGCGGCUCCUACACUGUUCUCAGUGUUGCUUCCUCGCGAAAGUCUUGGCCGUACCGAUCUGGAAGACGAAGACGACCCAUCCAUCGGCGCCAGGGUUGUCGAUGACAUGUCCCAUCCCGACGCGCGUGUCCUUGUAUUCGUCAAGACGCGUGUGUACAAGGCAAUGGGAUUCCCUGUCCGGGAGGGCGAGUUAAGUCUGCCCUUUUCCAUUCAGCUACGCGAUGCGUAUCAAGCCGACUAUGGCAAGAACAUUGUGGUGACUUCGAACUGGCCGAUCAGGUGGUGGAAGAAAGUCUCGUUUGGAGAUAGGUAUGUGGCCCCCAUGCUUCCUCAUUUCAGCGCUAACCCGCCUCAACCCUGUUAG